GACGUACCCGUUCCUCUGAGCCAGGUUUGGGUUUGUACAAAUGGAGAGAUUGAGGUUCCAGAGAGUUUAGGUCUGUGGGCCUGAGUUCCCCCCUCGGCUUCUCUUGGGUCUUUCCGCCCCUCGUGGAGUAAAAGACCCGCCAGCCUCCCUAGAGUGGAAGCCCUCCAGGUUGCUAUGGCGCCCGGGCGACUCGGCGGUUUGGCUGGCGGGAGGGGCUCCCUCAGGGCCCGCCCCCGCCUGUAUGCGGCCCGCCCCGACUAAGCUCCGGUGGAUCCUGGUCGUGACUCUGGGCCUGGACCUCGUCUGCCCUCUGGCUGAGGGCUGGACGUAUGCCCGGGUCCCCGUCUAUGUCAGCAGCUGGGCAGUGCGGGUGACCCAGGGUAGCCGGGAGGCCGAGCGCCUGGCACGCAAAUUCGGCUUCGUCAACCUGGGCCAGAUCUUCCCUGAUGGACAGUAUUUCCACCUGCGGCACCGGGGCGUGGCCCAGCUGUCCCUGAACCCUCACUGGGGCCACCGCCUGCGUCUGAAGAAAAACCCAAAGGUGCGGUGGUUUGAGCAGCAGACCGUGCGGCGGCGGGUGAAGCGAUCCCUGGAGGUGCCCACAGAUCCCUGGUUCUCAAAGCAGUGGUACAUGAACAAUGAGCUGCAGCCGGACCUGAACAUCCUGCAGUCCUGGGACCGGGGCCUGACCGGCCAGGGUGUGGUGAUCUCCAUCCUGGACGACGGCAUAGAGAGGGACCACCCAGACCUCGAGGCCAACUACGACCCCCUGGCCAGCUACGACUUCAAUGACUAUGACCCGGACCCCCAGCCUCGCUACACGCCCAGCAAUGAGAACCGGCACGGGACACGCUGUGCUGGGGAGGUGGCAGCCAUGGCCAACAACAAUUUCUGCGGGGCAGGAGUGGCCUUCAAUGCCCGGAUCGGAGGUGUGCGCAUGCUGGACGGCACCAUCACGGAUGUGAUCGAGGCCCAGUCGCUGAGCCUGCAGCCCCAGCACAUCCACAUCUACAGCGCCAGCUGGGGCCCAGAGGACGAUGGCCGCACAGUGGACGGCCCGGGUCCCCUCACCCACGAGGCCUUCCGGCUGGGCGUGAUCCAGGGCCGCGGCGGACUGGGCACCCUCUUCAUCUGGGCCUCUGGCAACGGCGGCCUGCACUAUGACAACUGCAACUGUGACGGCUACACCAACAGCAUCUACACGCUGUCGGUGGGCAGCGCCACCCGCCAGGGCCACGUGCCCUGGUACAGCGAGGCCUGCGCCUCCAUCCUCACCACCACCUUCAGCAGCGGCCUGGCCACCGACCCGCAGAUCGUCACCACAGACCUACACCACCAGUGCACCGACAAGCACACAGGGACCUCAGCCUCGGCCCCCCUGGCUGCGGGCAUGAUUGCCCUGGCUCUGGAAGCCAACCCACUCCUGACCUGGAGGGACACUCAGCACCUCGUGGUCCGAGCCUCCAAGCCGGCGUACUUGCAGGCUGAGGACUGGAAGCCCAACGGCGUGGGGCGCCAAGUGAGCCACCACUACGGCUAUGGGCUGCUGGACUCUGCGCUGCUGGUGGACCUGGCCCGCACCUGGCUGCCCACGGAGCCCCAGAGGAAAUGCGUUGAGGAGAUUGUGCUGGACCCGCUCCCCAUCAUGCCCCGGAUGCGCGUGGAGAAGAACGCAUCGGCCUGCGCCGGCAGCCACCACCACAUCCGCUCCCUGGAGCACGUGCAGGUGCAGCUCACGCUGGCCUACAGCCGCCGCGGGGACCUGGAGAUCUCCCUCACCAGCCCCAUGGGCACCCGCUCCACACUGGUGGCCAUAAGACCUCUGGACAACAGUAGUCAGGGCUACAGUGACUGGACCUUCAUGUCCACCCACUUCUGGGACGAGAACCCGCAGGGCUUGUGGGCCCUGGGCCUCUGGAACCGGGGCUAUUACAACACAGGAAUAGCGUCCAGCUGCCAUGGCCUUUCCCUCUCCCGUGACCCCGGCCCAGGGACGCUGUACCGCUGCACAUUGCUGCUCUACGGGACAGCAGAGGACAUGACAGCGCGGCCUCAAAGCCCCCAGGUGACCGGCAGUGCGCGUGCGCGGCGGGACACACAGGGGCUGUGUCAGGAAUGUGACAGUCCCACUUUUUCCCUGGGCCACCUCUGCCUCUUCGGAUGUGGACCAGGACACUGAGGCCACAGCCAAUGGACGGUGAUCGUGGGCCCAGCUCCCCCCACCACACACACCCCAGCUGCCCGCCGCUCUGGGUGCCCCCAAGCUGCAUGCGGGAUGAACCCCGGGGCUGCUGCUCAGCCUGGGCCCAGGGUGAAGGUGACACUGCUGUUCCCAUCCAUUGCCCACUGGGACCUGCCCUGAAGACCCCAGCAAGCCGACGGGAACUCGGAGUGUGGGCGCCCAGCCCCGAAGGAGAGAGAGUCUCUUUCACUUCGGGGGGUCAGUUGAGGGUUGGAUGGACAGAGGUCAGCUCGUGACCCCGCCCCUCCCCCACCCCAGCGUCUGUCCAGUCCUGGGCACCACAUCCAACCUCCUAGUUUGCAAAUAAAGGUUGAAAAGAA